CUAGAUUAUAUGUAUAUAACAAUAAGUCAAGGUGUCAAAGUCCACGAUUCCUACUUCUUAAACGAGUUUGUACUGAUUACGCAAGUAAUCAUAGACGUGGGAGGUGGAAGGAAUGAAAGCUUCACGUGAACACGCAGUGCUUAUAGUCCGUCUAACUAAUACAUCGUGAUGCGCGUGUGUCGUUCACCAACUGGACUGUCGUUCAGUCGUUAUCUUUACUCAGACUCGAUCGGUAAACGGCUGGCUCCUCUAAUAUUAUCGAGGACCAUGCUUGAUAUUCUUGAAAGCGCAUUGAACGUGCCAAAAUUAUAUUAUGGUGUACUUGCUGGCAUCGGUUUCUGCAGUUACUACUUAUUCGAAGUAGUCAAGAAACCGCUUCUCGUCUGUGCUCCAGGACCUUUCCUGAACUUCCUGGAAGAACAUGUGCCUAUCCUCCGAAGCAAGUUCUGGCCGACGCUUUGGUGUUUCGAGUCGAGGGCCCAAACGAUUUUUGCAAGUGUAUUACGAUCACGAUUGUUGCCUAGAGUUCAAUAUCGCAGGGAAAUCCUGACCUUAUCUGAUGGUGGUGAGGUGGCCCUUGAUUGGGCAGAAGAAAGUUGUUCAUCUGAAUCCCCAAUAAUAAUUAUACUUCCGGGUUUAACUGGGGCCAGCCAAGCUGAAUACAUAAAAUGCCUCGUUGGUGCUGCAAAGGAUAUUGGUGUUCGGUGUGUUACUUUCAAUAACAGAGGCUUAGGAGGUGUGAAGCUAAAGACUCCACGAACCUACUGUGCUGCAAACUGUGAAGAUUUAUCAGAAGUCGUAGAGCAUGUCAGAAAACUUCAUCCCACCGUACCAAUUGGUGCUACAGGGAUAUCAAUGGGAGGAUUGAUCCUCGGCAAUUAUCUAGCACAAUUAGGACCUCUAGCAAAGAAAAAGUUAAAUGCAGCAUUAGCCAUUUCUGUACCUUGGAACGUUUUCGAAGGAACGAAGAGUAUUGAGAAGCCUUAUCUAAAUUUGAUGUUGAACAAACAUUUAACUGAAAAUCUUUGUCGUACCGUCGAGCGUUAUCACCAAAAUUCAACAUUUUUUGACUUGGAUAUGGAAAACGUUCUAAAGAGUAAAACGGUACGAGAAUUCGACACGAAUUUCACUGUCAAACAUUUUGGCUACAAAGAUGUUGAAGAUUACUACUCAAAUGCAACGUUACACAACAAAUUGCAUCUAAUUGAAGUUCCUCUUCUGUGCCUAAGUGCGGCAGACGAUCCUUUCCAACCUCUCGAAGCAAUUCCUAUAAACGAAGUGAAUAAGUCAUCCAACGUAGCGAUAAUUGUAACUUCAAGAGGUGGUCACAUCGGUUUCCUGGAAGGUGUCUGGCCUGCGAAAAAAGAACAAUAUAUGGGAAAAAUUUUUUCUCAGUACUUCACUGCCAUUUUUACUUCAAGUAUCGUCCAACCAGAUACUUCUGAGUGUAAAUUAAAAAACAAUUAACUAUGGACAUAAAUAUGAUUUACUACAGUCUUUUUUUAAUUUAAUUCUUUAUGGUUGUGUUAUUGUACAAUCAAAAUACAAUUGUAUGUACAGUCAAAAAUAUUCACGAAUCCAUAUUAUAAGAAACGACUUAAGAAGCAGCUUUUGUUGUGUAUGAACAGAAUAGAUGUUGUGAAUUAUGUAAUAUUAAUUCACAGUGUCUUAGAAUUAUAAUUUGUCGACAUUUUGACUUGUCCUAAUAUUUUUGGUCAAUCAAUAUAACCACUAUACUAAAUUAUUAUAGCAGUAAUUGAGAGAUUGUAUUUUUAAUUUGUUUUAAGUUAAAAUUUCUCAUUUUAACAGCGGAUCUUAAUUUAUCAAUAUCAAAUUAUGAUAUAUAAUUUUCUACUAAUUUAGAUACGUACUAAGGUCACAAAUUGUAGUAUUCUGAUUAUUAUUAGUAAAUAAUUUUAAAGCAAACCGUAAUAAGUUAUCUUUCAGAUAUCUAAUAUGACAGAAGAGUAUUCUUUAGGUGUGUUAAAGAUGACUAUAGAAUUUGUAUGCUAUCUGGGAUAUAAGGAAACGUAUUCCAUAUUCCCAUAAUUUACCUGUUAUUUCAAUUGUUCCCAAAAAUAAACCUUUUUUACAUAUGAAA